AUGGAAGAACUCAGUAGGGUGCGGAAGGCGUUUGAUGCCGCCAAUGACUUUUUGAACCCGGUGCUGAAUCGAGAUGAAAUACAAAAGUCCCAAGGCAGGGCACUUCUAGAUAUCCUCAGCCAAUCUCCAGAAAAUUUAGACAUUCAGGAUGAUCUCAAAAGGCGGACUGUCAUCGGUCAGGCAUUAGAUAUCCUGAACCGCAUCCAUAUGUCCUUCGCAACGCCACUGGCAGCUGGGGAUCAAGAGCCGCUGGAAAAUGUAAUCCCCAUGAGUGAAGAUCCGGCAUUGGAAGAUGCAAAGCGCCGUCGUCUUCUACAUGCAUUACUCGACUUGAUAUCCUUAGAGGGAAUUUAUCCAUCUCUUUCAUCAGGAGUUGGCAUUCCAUUGCAACAGAGAGUGAUCUCAGUGCUGCCAGCUGGGGUGAUUGCGAAGCAAACUGCUAUCCCAGCUAGCAGCAGACCUCACGAUGAAGUUCUUUUACGUCAGAUUAUAAGUGUUAUUCUCAACAUAAUGCUAGACCCCACGCCAAGCAUCCAGCCAGUCAUUCAAGGGCGCAUUUUGAGUGACAUGAUCAGCGCUACGGCGGACCUGGCGUUCAACCCAAAUAUUAUUUCGUCCUCGGAUCGAGCCGACUUCAAGAACGGAUUUCUUAAGAUCAUCGAAGAGACACCUAGCGCCGCCCUUUUGCCGACAUUGUCCAGCUUUCUCCAAUCUGAUCCAACCAAUUGGUUCAAAGCCACAAUUUCGGGCCAGAUUGCGAGGGUACCACUGCGCCAGGGCGGGGUUAUACAAACAAUCAUGUUUAUCGCAUCUCAGUUUGCACCAUCUCUGGGACAAGAAGCUCAGAGCGAGUCAUCCAACGGGCCACAUUUCACAGUUCAAGCCAUUAUGCAAAUAUCUCGAUUGUUAUCGUCUGUUCCCCAGGAUAUCGAGCCCACUUCAUACUUCACCACAAUCGCUCCCCAACUCCUGGCCUUACUAGAUGGUCCUGACCCGGAUUUGAAGAAAACGGCUUCUUAUACUAUUGGAAAUGGAAUACUGGGAAAACGUGCUUAUGGCGCACCUGGAACAAUCGGUCAUUCAAUUUUUGUCGAGCCGGUAUUCGCGGCUUUGACUGCCGAGCUAAACGACGGAUUAAUACCAUGGAUGGCACAUUACGCAGAUAUUGAGGGGUCCUCUUCAAUGAAAAUGGAAGAAAUCAACUCAGAAUACACCAUAGUGGAUGGAGACAUGGUCAACCUCGCGAUAGAGCGACUGAGAAGUCUGGCUCUCCAACAUCCGAACCCCGGUCUUGUUAAGAGAAUUGUUUAUCCAAUUCUUCUUCACCUUUGGGGCUUGAUUUGUUAUGCCCAAGAGAAACAACUCAAGGCAUACCAGGAUAAAAUAUUUGAACUUCUGCAGACAUAUUUCAGCAUAUCCGUGGGCGUGCAGCCCCUCAAGAAGCUUGUUGAUCACCUUCUCUGGGAUGGAGGUGCAACUUGGACCUAUGCCACGAAUCAACAAGGACAAAUUAUUUUGAGCAAGCGAAUGGAACAACAAGAUAACCAUUCGAACAUCAUUCGAAUGGUCGACUCUUUGCAAAGUCGCACGGAACUUUUCGUCAGUCUGCUUGGCUCUGACCCUAGUGUCGAGGAACACACUGGUGAUAUUUUCCUCUACGUGAGCGAGAAAUGGCUGGUGAAAUCAAACAACACUGGUGGCCCCGGCGAGCCCGAGAGAAUUGGCGAGUCGGAAAAUAUCAUCCAAAAGCUUGUUAGCGCCAAGGUGGCCGAGAAAUUACUCGACAAUUUUAAAGACACUUUGUCUCGUCGACCUUUGCGAGUGCUGGAGCUCAUCAAACAAGUCGUUGACGGUGAAUUGCACAGGCUUGGUGGUAAAUCAUCAACCAAAGAAGAUCAGAAGGGCAAAGUUUCAUUAUCAUCUCUUGCCAGCAUCGUUCCAGAAGAGGGUGCACAGGAAGAAAGCACAUCUGACAAUGAAACAUCUGAAUCCCUUUCUACCGCGUUCAGCCUCCUGUCUACUAUUAUCGCAUCUCCCGAAUUCACCACCUCGCUCGAGACCCAGCCUCCGCUACAGGCCGUCAAGGACCGCCUGGAUCAACUCAUCCCUCUCCUCCCGCCCGCACUAGCGAAACCAGCAACCACAUCAUCCAUGCUGAUAGAGAUCCAGCUCACCCACCCGGAACAUGACGAAACAAAGCCACCACCGCCGCACCUCGCCGAUCUAGAUACACACCGACAAGCAUUGACGAACCUCAAUUCGGACCUCCCACCCGUGCAAGCAGAGGGAUUCUCGCUGCUAUCAAAGCUAGUCCUGAAGGGAUCACCCGUCCUCGACAUCCCAUCUACAUUGACCCUCCUCCUAUCAAUAAUCACGGACACCAGCUCCCCAGCCGCAAAUGAAGAAUUCAUCUACCUCAACGCGAUAAAACUAAUCGGAACCCUCGCCUCGCGCCAUCCCCGCACAGUAGUCAAAACCCUCGUCGAAAGCUACGCCGACAAAACCGAGCAAAGAACCCUAGACCAGCGCCUCAAAAUAGGCGAAUCACUCCUCCGAACAGUCCAAGACCUCGGCGAAGCACUAUCCGGCCCAACAGCCAAAAUCCUCGGCGAAAUCAUGAUAGCAGUCGCAGGACGACGAGGCCGCAAGCCCGAAUCGCAAAAGGAGCGUAAAUCACAACUGGAAAAGGAGCGGCGCCAAAGAGAGCGCGAGGAGCGCAAACAGAGAGAACCAGCCAUGCCUGAAGGGUGGAAGUUCUCAACUGGGCCGACUGACUCUCGAAACGGUGCAGACGAGGAUGAAGAUUCUGACACUGAGACCCCGGAACAAUCCGCCCACGCUGCUAAUAUAGUCGCCGCAUGGGCGGCGGGUGCAUCGUCGGACGAUGAGCCGGAUGAUCUCCGUGUCCGUGCAUCUGCACUCUCGAUUCUUGCCUCUGCAGCCCAGGUAAAUAUCGUCGGCCUCGGACCAAGAAUAUUAUCGUCUGCAGUGGAUCUCGCCAUGUCAACGCUGACACUGGAGCAAUCGCCCGAGAGCGCCAUUCUGCGUCGCGCGAGCGUGAUUCUUAUCCUCGAUGUUCUCAAAGCGCUCGACUCGACCCGGGAAGCGAAACGAGGUAAGGAGAUUGGCUUUGGAUUCUCCUUGACGGAUUCCAUGGCUGGCUUUGGCUCGAAGGACACCGACACGCAUGGUGUAUCGUCCAUUGGAAAUAUACCUCACAUGCUGCGGACCCUUGGCUAUGUCGAGACCAAAGAGACGGAUCCGAUUGUGCGUGGGCAUUUGCGUGUUCUGAUCGAGAGUUUGGAGGCUUGGUUGGAGAAGUCCUUGAUGUGGGGGAUUGGUGUUCAAUCUGAUGGCGAUGAACCAAGGCUUGAACUGGGUGAUCGGAUUGCUGGGUUGAAUGUUGAUCCUUUGGCUGGAGGGGCCGGUAGGCCACGCAUCGAAGAGAUCGAGUAG